GCUCACUCGCCUCGCUGACCGGGGGGAAGAGGCAGCGGCGCAGCGGCUCAGGAGCAAUGGCACGGGGAAGUUUGUGUCUCCUCCUGCUCCUCGGCGCGCUGGCCAGCCGGUGCAGCAGCCAAGCUGAGCAGCAGCAGCCGCCGGAGCGAAGAGGAUUAUUUCCAGCAGUGCUGAACCUGGCUGUCAAUGCUAUCAUCACAACCAAUGCUACCUGUGGAGAAAAAGGCUCUGAAAUGUAUUGCAAACUAGUUGAACAUGUACCUGGACAACCAGCAAGAAACCCCCCACAGUGUCGUAUUUGUGACCAGAACAGUAGGAUUCCACAUCGUAUUUACUCUCCCAAAUCCAACAUUGAAGGCAUUAAGCCAGAAAUUAGCACGAUAUUCUCCCUCCGGCCUCCUUCUGUAUUCCAGAUUGCAUAUGUUAUUGUGAAAGCAGCUAAUGCCCCUCGACCUGGGAACUGGAUUUUGGAGCGUUCACUGGAUGGUGUUAACUAUCAGCCAUGGCAGUAUUAUGCUGUAACAGACACAGAAUGCCUGACACGUUACAACAUUCUUCCCCGCAGAGGGCCUCCAUCCUAUGCAAAAGAUGAUGAAGUUAUAUGCACUUCAUUUUACUCCAAGAUUCAACCACUGGAGAAUGGAGAGAUUCACACAUCACUGAUCAAUGGACGACCUAGUGCUGAUGAUCCUUCCCGAGUAUUGCUGGAAUUCACUUCAGCUCGCUUUAUUCGACUGAGAUUUCAGAGGAUACGGACACUGAAUGCUGAUUUAAUGAUGUUUGCACACAAAGAUCCCAGUGAAAUUGACCACAUAGUUACAAGGAGGUAUUACUAUUCUGUAAAAGAUAUAUCUGUUGGAGGCAUGUGUAUCUGUUCUGGCCAUGCAAGGGCUUGUCCUUUGGAUCCAGCAACUAACAGAUCGACUUGUCAAUGUGAACACAACACAUGUGGAGAAAGUUGUGAUCAUUGCUGUCCUGGGUUUAAUCAAAAGCCCUGGGGAGCUGGGACGUUCCUGGUCAAGUCUGAGUGUGAAGAAUGCAAUUGUCACGGGAAGACUAAGGAAUGUUACUAUGAUCAGAAUAUUGCAGACAGAAAUCAGAGUUUGAAUAUCCAUGGAGAAUACACUGGAGGUGGAGUGUGUAUUAAUUGCACACACAACACUGCAGGCAUAAACUGUGAGACCUGCACUGAUGGUUACUUCAGGCCAAAAGGGGUAUUACCAGAUGACCCUAACCCGUGCCAGCCAUGUUCCUGUAAUCCAGUUGGGUCUUUACAUGCUACUUGUGUCAAGGAUGAGAAAAGUGCGGAAGGAGGCAUGCUCCCUGGAUUCUGCCACUGCAAGACUGGCUACGCAGGUGAAAGCUGCAAUCGAUGUGCUUUGGGUUACAAGGGUUAUCCUGACUGCGUGGCCUGUAGCUGCUCUGUGAAAGGCAGCUUGAAUGAUGACCCUUGUAUAGGAUCCUGCAUUUGCAAGGAAAAUGUUGAAGGAGAAAACUGUGAUCGUUGUAAACCAAGUUUCUUCAACCUGCAGCAAGAUAAUCCCAGAGGCUGUGAGGAGUGUUUUUGUUCAGGGAAAACAAACGUCUGUAUAGACUCUCACUGGACCUACAGCAGUGUAGGAGACAUGAGUGGCUGGUAUCUGACUGACGUACCUGGUCUCCUUCAAAUUACACCUCAGCAGGACAGUUUUGGUGGACCUCAGCGGCUUAGCAUCAGUAAUGUGGCUGCCAGAAGAGUGCUGCCGCUGAUUUAUUACUGGAGUGCACCCAGCCCUUAUUUGGGCAACAAAAUACCAGCUGCUGGAGGGCAUCUAAAAUUUACCAUCUCCUAUGACCUCACAGGGCAGGAAGAAGCUGUUCAAACAAUACUGCAGUCUGAUAUCAUCAUAGAGGGAGCUGGCUUAAGAAUCAGCACUUCAAAGGAGGGCAUUCACCUACAGCCAUUUGAAGAACACACUGAAGAAGUUGUGCUGAAACCGGACUUAUUUACUGUACACGGCACUGACUCUCCAGUCAGCAAAAGGGAAUUCAUGACUGUACUGGCAAAUAUAAAGAGGCUCCUCAUAAGAGCCACAUACAGCUAUGGGAUGUCUGCCAUCUACAGGUUGAGUGGGGUUAGCCUUGAAGCUGCUGAUCGUUAUUCAACUGGUAGGAAGGUGGCGUCUGCUGUGGAGGUUUGUCAGUGUCCUCCAGGGUAUGGUGGUACCUCCUGUGAAUCUUGUUGGCCUAGACACAGACGAGUGAACGGCACUAUUUUUGGUGGGAUCUGUGAACCAUGCACAUGCUUUGGUCAUGCGGAGUUCUGCGAUGACCUCACAGGAGAAUGCAUGGACUGCAAGUACAAUACAGGUGGCCCAUACUGUGAUAGAUGUCUUCCUGGUUUCUAUGGUGAUCCUACUAAAGGGACAAAUGAAGACUGCCAGUUGUGUGCCUGCCCAUUAACUAUACCUUCUAACAACUUUAGCCCAACAUGUCAUUUAGACCGAAGUCAUGGAUUAAUAUGCGAUGAAUGCCCUCCUGGGUAUGCAGGACCACGCUGUGAGAGGUGCGCAAACGGCUAUUUUGGACAACCUUUAAUACCAGGAGGAUCAUGCCGGCCCUGCCAGUGUAAUGACAACCUUGACUUCUCCAUUCCUGGCAGCUGUGACAGCUUAUCUGGAGCUUGCCUGAUAUGUAAACCUGGUAUAACAGGUCAAUACUGUGAAAGGUGCGCUGAUGGAUAUUUUGGAGAUGCUCUUGAUCCAAAGAAUUGUCAAUCAUGUCACUGCAACAUCAAUGGCUCAUUUUCAGAGAUCUGCAACUCUCAGACAGGGCAGUGUGAGUGCAAGCCCAAUGUUGUGGGGCGUCGCUGUGAUGAGUGUAAGCCUGGGACAUUUGGUCUACAGUCGUCUAGAGGAUGUGUUCCCUGUAACUGCAAUUCGUUUGGUUCCAAAUCCUUCGACUGUGAUGAGAACGGACAGUGCCAUUGCCAGCCUGGCGUAGCAGGAAAGAAAUGCGAUCGCUGUGCUCAUGGGUUUUAUAACUUUGAAGAAGGAGGAUGCACUCCUUGUGAGUGUUCCCAUCUUGGUAAUAAUUGUGAUCCAGUCACCGGCCGCUGUGUGUGCCCUCCCAAUACCAUAGGAGAGAAGUGUGAUAAAUGUGCGCCAAAUUACUGGGGUCAUGACAUUGUCAGCGGGUGCAAGGCCUGUGACUGCAGUGUGGUUGGAUCCCUCAGUUUCCAGUGUAACUCAGAUACAGGGUGCUGCUCCUGCCACCCUAAAUUCUCUGGGGACAAAUGCACGCAGUGCAGACCGGGAUAUUGGAGAUACCCACAGUGCAUUCCCUGUGACUGCUUGCUGGCAGGGACUGAUCCUCAGACUUGUGAUGCAGAGAUGGAAAAAUGUUCAUGUGUUGAUGGUACAGGGCAAUGUAGCUGCAAGGUUAACGUGGAAGGUGUCCACUGUGACAGGUGCAGGUCUGGAAUGUUUGGACUCUAUGCCAAAAACCCACUUGGCUGCAACAGCUGCUAUUGCUUUGGCCUGACUACUCGGUGCAGUGAGGCAAAGGGGCUGAUCCGCAUGUGGCUGACCUUGAAGCCAGAACAGAUGGUUCUGCCACUGGUAGAUGAAAACCUUCAGGACAGUACUACCAGAGGAGUUGUAUUCCAGCAUCCAGAGAUAGUAGCUAACAUUGAACUGGUGAUGCAAGAUCUCCAAUCAGAACCUAUUUACUGGAAACUUCCGGAGCAGUUUGAAGGACGGAAGCUGACUGCUUAUGGAGGGAAACUGAAGUAUGCUAUCUACUUUGAAGCACGCGAGGAGACGGGUUUUGCUACCUAUAAUCCCCAGGUCAUCAUCAGAGGUGGGCCACCCACACGUACUAGAACUAUCAUCCGGCAUAUGGCUGCCCCUUUGAUUGGCCAGCUGACAAGACAUGAGAUAGAGAUGACAGAGCAUGAAUGGAGAUACCAUGGUGAUGACCCAAGAGUCAGUAGUACUGUGACACGUGAUGACUUCAUGAAUGUGUUGUACAACAUUCAUUACAUUCUUAUUAAGGCUUCUUAUGGCAGCAUCAUGAGACAAAGCAGAAUUUCUGAGAUAUCGAUGGAAGUUGCUGAAGAAGGCAAUGUGUCUGGAAUGAGUCCUCGUGCUCACUUGAUUGAGAAAUGUGACUGCCCACUGGGCUAUUCUGGCUUGUCAUGUGAGGCCUGUUCUCCGGGAUUUUAUAGACUGCCUUCUAGAUCAUCUGGCAGGAGACCUGGCCCAACCCUGGGCACCUGUACUGCAUGUCAAUGCCAUGGACAUAGUAAUAUGUGUGACCCUGAAACCUCUAUAUGUCAGAACUGCAGGCACAACACUGCUGGCGAUCAUUGUGAGAGGUGCGCAGUUGGAUUCUAUGGGAACGUCCGAGGAUCUCCAGAGGACUGCCAUCCUUGUGCGUGUCCUCUGACCAUUCCCAGCAACAACUUUAGUCCUUCUUGUGUUGCGGAAGGUCUCAGUGAUUACCGGUGUACCGCUUGCCCACCUGGAUAUGAAGGCCAGUAUUGUGAAAGAUGUUCCCCUGGCUUCUCCGGUGACCCAAGAACUCCAGGAGGGUCCUGCCAAGAAUGUGAGUGUGAUCCAUACGGUUCACUGCCUAUCCCCUGUGACCCUGUCACCGGACAGUGCACUUGCAAACCUGAAUCCACAGGGUGGACUUGUGCAGGCUGCAAGCACCAGCAUGUGCGUGAUGGCAUGGAGUGCAUUUUUUGUGAUGAUGAAUGCAUAGGACUCCUUCUAAGCGACUUGGAUCGACUAAACCAGAUGACUCUGAGUGUCAACCUCAGUGGCCCGCUGCCUCCUCCAUAUAAAAUGCUGUAUGGCUUUGAGAACACAACACAGGAAUUAAAGCAUUUGCUAUCACCUCAGCGAGCACCAGAGAGACUCCUUCAGUUGGCACAAAAAAACCUGGAUACCCUUGUGACAGAGAUGGAUGAGCUAUUGACAAGGGCUACCAAGGUGACGGCAGAUGGAGAACAAACCGGGCAGGAUGCUGAGAGGACUAAUGAGAGAGCCAUGUCUCUUGGACAGUUCAUCAAGGACAUGCUCCAGGCUGCGGAAGCUGUAAAUGAAAAUGCUGUAAAACUGAAUGAGACACUCCGAAUCCAAGAUAAGACCCUGGAGAAAAGUCUUCAGGCUCUGCAGAGUGAUAUUGAUAGAAUGAUGAGAGAACUGAGGAGAAGAAAGUUGAAUGUGCAAGAAAGGGCAGCCCAAGAUGAGUUAGCAAAUGCAGAAGCCCUUUUGAACAAAGUGAAGAAAUUAUUUGGCGAGCCCACAGAGAAAAAUGAGGAGCUCAAGAAUGAGGUCAGGGACAAGAUGGCAGAUUACAAAAACAAGGUUGACGAUGCUCGAGACCUGCUGAGAGAAGCCAGUAGUAAAAUUAGGGAGGCAAAUCGCUUAUCUGCAAUCAACCAAAGAAACAUGACAGUGAUAGAGAAAAGGAAGCAAGCUGUAGAAAGUAGCAGACAAGAGGCCGAAAAAACACUAAAAGAGGGGAAUGACAUCUUGGAUGAAGCCAGCCGUCUUGCAAAUGAAAUCAAUUUAGCUGUGGAGUAUGUAGAAAACUUGGGGGAUAAGAUACAACCAAUCGCUGAUGAGCUGAAGGAUAAAAUAGACGAUCUAGCCCAAGAUAUUCAGGAUAGGAUGCUUCCAGAAAAGGUGUUGCAGGCUGAGAACCAUGCAGCCCAACUGAAUGAAUCAUCUGCAAUAUUGGAUGGAAUCCUUGCUGAAGCUAAAAAUGUCUCAUUCAAUGCCACUGUAGCUUUCAAGGCAUAUAGCAAUAUCAAGGACUAUAUUGAUGAAGCAGAGAGAAUCGCCAGGGAGGCCAAGGCCCGUGCAAAUGAAGCUAUGCAACUGACAUCUGGUCCUCAAGGAUCACUGAAGGAUGGUGCCAAGAACUCGCUUCAGAAAAGCUUCAGGGUUCUUAAUGAGGCCAAGAAGAUAGAAAAGGAUGUUAAAGAAAAUGGGGAUAACUUGAAUAGUAUGCAAAACAGGUUGAAAAAUGCUGAUGAAAAGAAUUCUGAUCUCCUGAGAGCUUUGAAUGACACCUUUGGAAAGCUGGCAGCCAUUCCUAAUGAUACAGCUGCGAAAGUGCAAGCAGCUAAAGAUAAAGCUGGACAAGCUAACGCCACUGCAAAUGAUGUACUGGCUAGGAUUAAAGACCUCAACCAGAACCUUCUUGGCUUAAAGAACAACUACAGCAAAUGUGCAGAUGAUGUGGCCAAAACAAAUGCUGUUGUGAAAGAUUCCACCAAGAACAUUGCUGAUGCAGAUGCCACUGUUAAAACCCUAGAAAAGGAAGCAGAUCGGCUACUGGAUAAACUCAAACCAGUCAAAGAACUUCAGGAUAAUUUGGGGAAAAACAUCUCUCAGAUAAAAGAACUGAUAAACCAAGCCCGGAAACAGGCCAAUUCUAUCAAAGUCUCUGUGGCUUCUGGAGGUGACUGUAUUCGCACGUACAGACCGGAAAUAAAGAAAGGAAGCUACAACACUGUCAUUGUCAAUGUGAAGACAGCAGUAGCCGACAACCUUCUUUUUUAUCUUGGAAGUGCCAAAUUUACUGACUUCUUGGCCAUAGAGAUGCGUAAAGGCAAGGUGAACUUCUUGUGGGAUGUGGGAUCUGGCGUCGGACGGGUUGAGUAUCCAGAUCUGACCAUUGAUGAUGCAUUUUGGUACCGGAUUGAAGCCUCUAGGACUGGAAGAAAUGGCACAAUUUCAGUACAAGCUCUGGAUGGUCCCAAAGCAACCAUCAUGCCAAGUACCUUCAGCGCAGUCUCUCCACCUGGUUAUACUAUUCUGGAUGUAGAUGCAAAUGCCGUGUUGUUCGUUGGUGGUCUAACUGAUAAAAUUAAGAAAUCAGAUGCUGUAAGAGUCACUACCUUCACUGGCUGCAUGGGUGAAACUUACUUGGACAGCAAGCCCAUAGGACUGUGGAAUUUCAGGGAUACAAAGGGUGACUGCAAAGGAUGUGCUAUUAGCCCACAGGUGCCAGACAGUGAGGGAACUAUUCAGUUUGAUGGAGAUGGGUAUGCUUUGGUGAGCCGCCCAGUCCGCUGGAACCCCAAUGUUUCUAUGGUCAUGUUCAAGUUCAAGACCUUCUCUUCCAGUGCUCUGCUGAUGUACCUUGCUACACAUGACUUGAAAGAUUUCAUGAGUGUAGAGCUCAGUGAUGGGCAUAUAAAAGUCAGCUACGAUCUAGGUUCAGGUACAACUUCUGCUAUUGGCAACCAAAACCAUAACGAUGGGAAAUGGAAAUCGUUCACCCUCUCAAGAAUCCAAAAACAAGCCAAUGUAUCAAUUGUAGACAUAGACACUAAUCAGGAAGAGAUCAUAGCAACAUCUUCUACAGGAAGCCAUUUUGGUCUCAACUUGAAAGCUGAUGAGAAAAUAUAUUUUGGUGGAUUGCCAACUCUCAGAAACCUGAGUAUGAAAGCAAGGCCUGAAGUGAACUUAAAGAAAUAUGCAGGCUGCCUCAAAGAUAUUGAAAUUUCACGAACACCAUAUAAUAUACUGAGCAGCCCUGAUUUUGUUGGCAUAACCAAAGGAUGCACACUGGAGAACCUUUACACAGUUAGCUUCCCCAAACCAGGUUUUAUGGAACUGCAGCCAGUCUCAUUUGACAUGGGUACAGAAAUCAACCUGUCCUUUAGCACCAAGAAUGAGUCUGGGGUCAUCUUAUUUGGCACAGCGGGGACACCUAUACCCCCGAGGAGAAAACGCAGACAGACUGGGCAGGCCUAUUAUGCAGUGUUCCUGAAUAAAGGUCGAUUAGAAGUGCAUAUCUCCACUGGAAUACGAGAUCCACGCAGGAUCACCAUCAAGCCUGAAUCCGGCGAUUUUCAUGACGGUAGAGCACACUCCAUCCGGAUAGAAAGAAUCAAAGGGAUGUUUACUGUUCAAGUAGAUGAAGACAGAAGCCAGACUCAGAGGCUACCUACUGAUCAGUCUAUAACGGUUAAAAAGCUCUUUGUGGGAGGGACCCCGCCUCACUUCCAUGCUGCACCUAUCAGGAACAUACCCCCUUUUGAGGGUUGCAUAUGGAAUCUUGUCAUCAAUGCCAUCCCCAUGGACUUUGCUCAGCCUGUGUCCUUCAAAAAUGCAGAUAUAGGCCAGUGUCACACUCUAGAACCCGAGAUCAGACUUCCUGAAGGAGAAGAUGAAGCUACCCCUGCUUCUGUCUUGAUCCAACCUGAACCUGAUGGUAAAGAGGAGAAAGAGAGCACAACUGCCACCCCCAGGUUUUCUUUCUCUCCUCCUCCACCACCAUCACCUUCACCUCCUACACGUGACUCUUGUGCUGCUGAUACAGAGCCAGCUAUUUUGGAGGGCGGCAAACAAUUUGGUCUUUCAAGGAACAGCCAUAUUGCAGCUGCAUUUGAUGAUACCAAAGUGAAGAACAGGCUCACAAUUGAAUUUGAAGUCCGAACAGAGGCUGAAUCUGGCUUGCUUUUUUAUAUGGCCCGGAUCAACCAUGCCGAUUUUGCCACUGUUCAGAUAAAGAAUGGACUGCCUUACUUCAGCUAUGACCUGGGAAGUGGGAACACCAGCACAAUGAUUCCAAACAAAAUCAAUGAUGGCCAGUGGCACAAGGUAAAAAUAUUUCGAACCAAGCAAGAAGGAAUCCUUUUAGUAGAUGGUGUUUCAAACAGGACCACCAGCCCCAAGAAGGCCGAUAUCUUGGAUGUUGUGGGAAUGCUGUAUGUCGGAGGAUUGCCCAUUAACUAUACAACAAGAAGAAUCGGUCCAGUCACCUACAGCAUUGAUGGUUGCAUCAGAAAUUUUAAGAUGACAGAGGCUUCUGUUGACCUGGAUAAUCCAACCUCCAGCUUCAAUGUUGGCAAAUGCUUUACCAAUGCAGAGAAAGGAACAUUCUUUGAUGGAACAGGCUUUGCCAAAACAGUUGGAACAUAUAAAGUGGGAACAGACCUACUAGUGGAGUUUGAAUUCCGUACUACUCGAAUGAAUGGUGUUCUGCUGGGAAUCAGCAGCCAAAAAAUGGAUGGACUCGGCAUCGAGCUGGUAGAUGAAAAACUGAUGUUCCAUGUGGAUAAUGGCGCAGGCAGAUUCUCUGCCAUCUAUGAGCCUGACAAACCAGGCAGCUUGUGUGAUGGACAGUGGCACAAGGUUACUGCAAACAAGAUCAAGCACCGAUUAGAAUUGACUGUGGAUGGGAAUCAGGUGGACCGGAGCAACCCAAAUGGAGUCUCCAGUUCUGCGGACACUAAUGAUCCUGUCUUCAUUGGAGGAUAUCCUGAUGGUCUGAACCAGUUUGGCCUGACUACAAAUAUCCGUUUUAAAGGCUGCAUUCGCUCGCUGAAGCUCACCAAAGGCACUGGUAAACCUCAGGAGAUUCACUUCAGCAGAGCCUUGGAGCUGAAGGGCGUUCAACCUCUAUCAUGCCCUGCAAACUAACAUGAGAUCAUUCAACUUUGAUGUGCAUCUGAUUGUUCUAAGUGCCUAAAAAAAUGUUAUAUAUAAAUGUUAUAUACAGUACGUUUAUAAUAAAAUGUCUUUGUGCAAGUAUUUUGAGUUCUGUCUGUGAUCUAUUUAAAUGGUUCUAUUUCAAGAUAGCUCCCAAAAGAAGAUUAAAUUCAUAAUCAUUCAUUUCUUCUUUCUUUAACUGAAUAAAGCAAUAGUUACUCUAA